GCCCGCCAUGCCCGGCCCGCGCCCGUCCCGCGCCUGACAGCAUGGCCGCACCGAGCGCCAACACCGCACGCAGCCACGCUCUGACCACGGGACGGCGAUUGAUCAGUACCUAGCAACGCGACCGUGGACGGACGUCUCUUAUCGACUUGAAGCUAGAUGCUUUGUGGUUUUAUUACGGAAAUGGAGAUACGAAAGGCGAUAUUUCGUAAGGGAUUCAUUUAGUUAAAGGAGUGCGCCCGAGCCUCGCGCCGCGCCCAUGCCCCUAAGUCUGGUUGGCGGCAGCGCAGGAGGCGGCGGGCGCGCAGGGACGCGCGGCGCCAGCUGAUACGAUGGGCGGCGCCCACCAGCCCGCUACUCCGGGGCCCAGCUCGCUAUUUAUAUUCUCCGACGAAAAUCCUAUACGGAGGUAUACAAAGUUUAUUAUCGAGUGGCCACCCUUUGAGUACGCGGUGCUGCUUACCAUCAUCGCCAACUGUGUGGUGCUGGCGUUGGAGGAGCAUUUGCCGAACGGCGAUAAGACCAUCUUAGCACAGAAUCUGGAAAAGACCGAGGCGUACUUUUUAGGGAUAUUUUGUGUAGAAGCCUCGUUAAAAAUUUUAGCCUUAGGUUUUGUUUUACACAGAGGAUCGUAUCUUAGAAACGUUUGGAACAUAAUGGAUUUUUUCGUUGUAGUAACUGGUAUCAUCACGCAGAUGCCGGAGGUGGCGCCCGAAGUCGACUUCCGGACCUUGCGUGCCAUUAGGGUGCUGAGGCCCCUUAAAUUAGUAUCGGGCGUUCCUAGUCUACAAGUUGUAUUGAAGUCCAUCAUCAAAGCAAUGGCCCCGUUGCUACAAAUCGGCCUUUUGGUGCUUUUUGCAAUUGUCAUAUUCGCCAUUAUUGGUCUUGAAUUUUACUCAGGGGCUUUACAUAAGACUUGUUAUAGUUUAGAGGAUAUAAAUGAAAUAGUAAAUGAUGGAGACAGUGCAACACCAUGCAAUGCAGAUAAUGAGACACUUGCUCCGUACGGUGCGCAUGUGUGUGGCUACGACAAAAGCACGUGUUUGGAGAAGUGGGAAGGACCUAAUAGAGGAAUUACGUCCUUUGACAACAUUGGAUUCGCUAUGCUUACUGUCUUUCAGUGUAUUACUAUGGAGGGAUGGACAGCUAUACUCUACUGGACGAAUGACGCCUUAGGUAGCACAUUUAACUGGAUUUACUUUGUGCCUCUAAUAGUAUUGGGUUCGUUCUUCAUGCUCAACUUAGUUCUUGGUGUUCUUAGCGGAGAGUUCUCUAAUGAAAGAACUCGAGUCGAACGUCGAGCUCAGUUUCAAAAGGAAAGAGCGAGGCAAAUGUUUAACCAAGACUUCACGGGGUACAUUAGCUGGAUUACUGAAGCAGAGGAAGUAAUAUUAGCGGAAGAAAGAACAACAGAAGAGGAAAGGAUGCAUAUUAUAGAAGCCCGAAGAAGAGCAGCAGCAAAAAAGAAAUUAAAGAACCUAGGGAAGAGUAAAAGCACAGACACAGAAGAGGAAGAACAAGAUGAAGACUGUGGCGAUGACGGCUUCUUGAAAAGCAAAACAAGAUCAGCAGGAAAAUGCGCUGACUUCUGGAGGAAAGAAAAAAGAUUUAGGUUUUGGAUCCGUCACACCGUCAAAACUCAGUGGUUUUACUGGUUCGUCAUAGUUUUGGUGCUCUUUAAUACAAUAUGUGUUGCGGUUGAGCACUAUAGACAACCUAAGUGGCUUACUUCGUUUUUAUACUAUGCCGAAUUUGUGUUCUUGGGUCUGUUUAUGAUGGAAAUGUGGAUCAAAAUGUAUGCUCUCGGUCCACGGAUUUACUUCGAGUCAUCGUUUAAUCGCUUCGAUUGCGUAGUCAUAUCUGGCUCCAUAUUCGAAGUGGUGUGGUCUGAAGUAAAGGGAGGCUCGUUUGGUCUGUCAGUUCUAAGGGCUCUUAGAUUGUUAAGGAUAUUUAAGGUCACAAAAUACUGGUCAUCUCUGAGAAACCUUGUGAUAUCUCUUCUAAAUUCGAUGAGAUCCAUUAUCUCUCUACUGUUUCUUCUCUUCUUGUUCAUUCUCAUCUUCGCAUUGUUGGGAAUGCAGUUAUUUGGCGGUCAAUUUAAUUUCGAGGAAGGCACGCCACCUACAAACUUUAAUACAUUUCCCAUCGCUUUACUAACUGUCUUCCAGAUCCUAACGGGGGAGGAUUGGAAUGAAGUUAUGUAUCACGGUAUCCAAUCCCAAGGUGGCAUACAAAAAGGAAUGUUGUAUUCUUUAUAUUUUGUCAUCCUCGUGCUGUUUGGUAACUACACGCUCCUAAACGUGUUUCUUGCCAUCGCUGUUGACAACUUGGCGAAUGCACAGGAAUUGACAGCAGCUGAAGAAGAACAGGUAGAGGAAGACAAGGAAAAACAAUCGCAGAAGGAAGAAAAGAAAGAGGAUGAGGAAGUACCGGAUGGACCAAAACCAAUGCUGCCAUAUUCGUCCAUGUUUAUUUUGUCACCUACAAAUCCAAUAAGACGAGGCGCACACUGGAUUGUAAAUUUAAGAUAUUUUGAUUUUUUUAUCAUGUUAGUUAUAUGUAUGAGUUCUGUGGCGUUAGCAGCAGAGGACCCUGUAGUCGAAGAUAGUGAUAGAAAUACUGUGCUAAACUACUUUGACUACGCUUUCACGGGCGUGUUCACCGUGGAGAUGCUGCUGAAGAUAGUCGAUCUCGGCAUCCUGUUCCAUCCAGGUGCCUAUCUGCGGGACCUUUGGAAUAUCAUGGAUGCCGCUGUCGUCAUAUGCGCACUCGUUAGUUUCGGCUUUGAAAUUGGAGGUGUAAAGAAGGGAGCGGGGCAGAAUCUGUCCACAAUAAAAUCGUUGAGAGUGUUGAGAGUGCUCAGACCUUUAAAAACUAUUAAACGUGUUCCAAAGUUGAAAGCAGUGUUUGACUGUGUUGUGAACUCUUUGAAGAACGUGAUAAACAUUCUCAUAGUGUACAUAUUGUUUCAAUUUAUAUUCGCUGUAAUUGCAGUUCAACUUUUUAAUGGUAAAUUUUUUUUCUGCAACGAUAUCAGUAAGAAUACCUUCGAAGACUGCCAAGGAUCGUAUUUCGUGUACGAGUCAAACAGCCUGCUGCCGCGCGUGAGCAAGCGACAGUGGACGACACAAUCCUUUCACUACGACAAUGUCGCAUCGGCCAUGCUCACGCUUUUCGCGGUGCAGACCGGAGAAGGAUGGCCACAAGUGCUUCAAAACUCAAUGGCCGCGACGUAUGAAGAUCGGGGACCUAUACAGAAUUUUCGAAUAGAAAUGUCCAUAUUUUAUAUAGUUUACUUUGUAGUGUUUCCGUUCUUCUUCGUUAACAUAUUCGUAGCUUUGAUUAUUAUUACAUUUCAAGAACAGGGUGAAGCUGAGUUACAAGAUGGUGAAAUCGAUAAGAAUCAGAAAUCGUGUAUUGACUUUACGAUAGAAGCGAGGCCUUUAGAAAGGUAUAUGCCAAGUAAAAGGGGGAGCCUUAAGUACAAAGUAUGGAGAGUAGUCGUCUCCACACCCUUUGAGUACUUCAUCAUGGCACUGAUCGUGCUUAAUACGUUAUUGCUUAUGAUGAAGUUCUAUAAUCAAAACGAUCUCUACUCGGAUAUCCUCAAGUAUUCGAAUAUGGGGUUUACUGGAAUGUUUUCUGUGGAAACUGUGUUGAAAAUCAUCGCUUAUGGUGUCAAAAAUUUUUUCAAAGAUCCGUGGAAUACUUUUGAUUUCAUAACGGUCAUUGGAAGUAUUAUUGACGCCCUAAUUAUGGAAUUUGGAGAAAACACAUUCAACGUUGGUUUCCUCCGCCUGUUCCGAGCCGCGCGACUGAUCAAGCUGCUCCGACAGGGUUACACCAUUCGAAUACUGUUGUGGACUUUCGUGCAGAGUUUUAAAGCCUUACCCUACGUGUGCCUUCUCAUCGCGAUGUUAUUUUUCAUCUACGCAAUCAUCGGAAUGCAGGUGUUCGGAAAUAUAGAUUUAGCGGCAGAGUCUGAUAUGAACAGACACAACAAUUUUCGGAGCUUUAUUCAAGCUCUCAUGUUACUAUUUAGGUGUGCUACGGGUGAAUCCUGGCCAAAUAUAAUGUUGGCAUGUUUAAAGCCUGCCAAAUGUGAUAAAGAAGCGGGGAAGUCACCGUCCGAGAUGUGUGGCAGUACACUUGCGUACGCCUACUUCGUGUCCUUUAUAUUUUUCUGUUCCUUUCUGAUGUUGAAUCUUUUCGUUGCGGUCAUUAUGGAUAAUUUUGAUUACUUAACGAGGGAUUCAUCAAUUCUCGGAGCGCAUCAUCUAGACGAAUUUGUUAGGAUAUGGGCUGAAUAUGACCCAAAUGCCACGGGGAAGAUCCACUAUACAGAAAUGUAUGAUAUGUUAAAAAAUAUGGAUCCGCCGCUGGGGUUUGGAAACAAAUGUCCCAAUAGAUUAGCAUAUAAAAAAUUAAUUAGGAUGAAUAUGCCAUUAGAUGAAGAAGGAAAAGUAAACUUUACGACAACGCUGUUUGCAUUAAUUCGAGAGAAUCUUAGUAUAAAAAUGAGAACAGCUGAAGAAAUGGACCAAGCCGAUGAAGAACUUAGGGAAACAAUAACCCGGAUUUGGCCGCUGCAAGCGAGGAAAAUGUUGGACCUGUUAGUUCCUCGUAGUGAUGUCUUAAAUGGAAGAAAUCUAACCGUUGGAAAAAUCUAUGGAGGUCUCCUCAUCCUCGAGAGUUGGAAGUCCACUAGGUUUGGCCAGAAUGAACCCUCUGGUCUGCCGAAGGCGUCCUUCUUUAACUGCUUGCUCGACGUGGCGGCAACGGGCUUGGGCCACGGAUCUCGGACAGGCUCCUUAAGUCAAGAAGGACAACCAAUUACUGUUCCUACUACGGAAGGUGAUGACACACAUACUAUAAUGGACCUUGCCAGAAGAAGCACAAGGAAACCCCACAAAAACAACAACAAAAAGGUGUUAGAAUUACAAGAUGUUGGAUCUCACCAUGCUUCCAUGGAGUCUUUAGACGAAGGAAGACUACAAGCAAGUCAUGUCUAUCAAAAUGGACACCACGGAAGAUCAUCUAGUUUAAGACGCACACCAAGUCCCAGAAGACGACAUUACGGAGGUUAUCAUCAUGAAAUCGGUUUCUCUGACACCGUCAAUAAUGUUGUCGAGAUUGUAAAACACGAACAUCAAAGACACGGGCGGACACACAGGGCGCCUCAUCAUUACCAUGGGAAGGAGUGGAGGGCGCCCUAUCCCACGACCAGCCUGAGCCUGCCCUCGCGGUCGCCCAGCCCGCCCCACCACACCUACGUUUGGGCACCCAUAGGUGGCGACCGAGAUCGUGAUAAAGACCGCGAGUGGCGAGAGUGGCGCGACCGGUCAUGGGAGCGCGAAGGCGGGCGACGAGGCCGCGGCCGCCAGUUACCGCCCACGCCCACCAAACCGUCCACGCUGCAGGUCAAGCAGCAGCCCCUCGGCAGAGUAAGCCACAGCCCCUCACACUUAUCAUUAAGGCAUACAGUACGAGAACCUUUAGAGCCUCUACACGAUGAGUAUGAAUAUGGGCGAGAAGUUGAAAGACUGAUACACCGAGACUAUAGAUCUAGGGAAAGGCGCGGUUGGGGCUACGAGAGCGAACGCGGCGUACGCACGUACGAUGCGCCGGCGCCGCUAAGCUACGAGGCAGCGCUGGCGAUGGGGCGCGGCGGCGGCGCGCGGGCCCUGCCUUCGCCUAGGGCACGCGACUGCCCAAUGGGUACAAGCCUCGCGCGCGCCACUCGGACUCCGAUGAGGACGACUGGUGCUAGCGGCGCCGCCGCGCGCGCUCCCAGCGGGACGUGCGCGCGCCGCCCGCCUCGCCCGCAACCCACGCGCAUACAUACUGACGCGUUUGGGACUCCACGUGUGUAUAUGUGUAGAUAGACUAGCUCGCCCCGACGGAGGGCUUCCGCGGGCGACUAUCCAAAUUCUAGUAUUUACAAAGUUUUGGAAAAUUUAAUUUUUAAUUCGCUAAAAUUUUACUCUUUGAUUUAUAUUAUGGUUAAGGUAAUCGACGAAGUAUAAAACAGUGCCAGGCGACUCGUUUGUGCUAGGAUUUUUACAUAAAGUUAUUAGUCUGUAUUGUAAAAGUAACUUUCUAUAUUAAAUUUGCACUACGAAAAAUUUACAUCAUAAUACCGCCUGAUGAAAGGAGGGGACCGAGGUCUACGCAUUGUUCAUCAUUCCGGCACUCGGCUCAUCGCCGUACAGCUCUAGACGACGGGACCCUCGGGAUCUCGCUCAACUCUUUUCGUAUUCCAGUUAGACGUUGGAACAAUCUAGCCUUUCAUCGUCAGACAAAUUAAUACUAGAGUAUUGUAUGAUAUAUUUACAUAGCAAAAUAAUUUUUACUUAGUUAAUAUACUUAAUACAUAAUUAACAUUUUUAUUGAAUUUGCUGUCCUUCCCCCAAGUGCUUUAUAUCUACGUUACUUAUAAAUACAAAUAAAUAAUAGCAUGGAUUGUAUGUAAACUUUGAUAUUCUGCAUAAAAUUAACUAAAAUUGUUAAAUCGUGUGUAGGCCAGUCGAUAGGUACCUAGUGUUUUGUUACAUUUGGUGAUGAAGGUUGUUAUUUAGCGAAAGAAACUUUAAGCAAACUUUUAAUAUUGCCCGGUAAUCUACCAUCUUAGAUGUCGUGCACACGUUUUAAUAUAAGAUAAACAUUGUUCAAAUUCUAUUAAUAUUUUAUUUAGUCUACGUUUAUACUUAUAUUAAGUCCUGUUUGCAUUAUAAACAUAGCCAAAGCAUAGCCUAAACCAACAUUCAACGAUAAACAACGUCGAGCUUCUAACAAAAUAGAACAUUUAAGAAACAUAACAAUAUAGGAACUUAUUUUAUGCAUGAAAAAAUCCCUACUUUUCAGCGUUAACGAUUGUAAAAAAAUCUAUAGCGUUUAGUUAUUUAUCUUAACGGUACUGUUUGUAUUUAAUUCAUAAUAACUAAUUCACCACAUUUUUUCGUGAAUACUAAAUAUCAGGUAAAAUCAUGAAAUCCUUACGUUAAGAUAUGCAAAAUUCAAAUUUAAGGGCAGCUCAACUGUACAGUGGCUUUAAUUAUAAAGCUAUAUUUUAUAUUUGAAAUGAAAAUUAGGGAUGUUGUAGAUUUUAUAAUGUUGUCAAAGCCAAAUGUGACAUAACGUUCGUUUGACUGGAGGUCUCUGUAUUUCAAUUUAUUACGGCAAUGCAAUUUAUUUAAAAUUUAUAUCGUAUUAUAUAUAUUUAAAGAGUUAUAGGCCCGAAGGCUAUCACAUAUCGCAAAAAACAAUCAAGUGUCCGAAAUAGAGCUACACGAGGACUAAACAUUUUGUUGCCAUAGUUAUCUACGUGUAGUCCAUAUUUUUUAUUGAGGAUUUUCUUGCUUCAUGAUAAAUAAAGUAACGUCAUCAAUCAAUAAUUAGUAUAAAAUAUUUUGCGUCGCAUAGGUUCAAAAGCCGGCGUCAACGUUUCUAAUAUAUCACACUGAUAAUAUUCCUUUUUUUCAAUCAUAAUGUAAAACAGAAAAUGAUCUUAAAAUAAGUGAAACAUUUGAAUAAAGUCCGAUUUAAGGUUUACUCUUGAAUCUUACGCGACUAAUGUUACCGUAAUCAACUAAGUUUUAAUUAGGACAAUAUUAUUUCAAACCUUGUCAAUAUUGUUUCUGCGACAUGUGAACAGCCUUUAGACGUCAAUAAUACCCGUAAACGCUUCAAAAUAUUAUUCGAGAACUCGAAACGAAAUAGAAAGAUUAGUUUUAAUUCGUUUUAUAACUAUUUCACCCUCAAAGCUCAUAUUAAACAUAGGUAUAAGAAAAACUAAGCAAUGUUAUGUCCAUAAUUCAUAUUACCAAAGGCUCUUAACUCGAUACUCAUUGUUCUUUUAAUGUUUUGAACACGUUUAAUACACUAGAAUCUCCCUUAGACGUUGCUAAUCUAAUUUACAAUUUUCCACAGUAGAUUUUCUUGAAAAAGGUUUACAAAAGAAAAUGGAAAGAAACAAUCACGGAAAAUGUUGCGAGGCAUGCUGUAGGUAUAUUACAAAAUUGUAAAUAAAUAUUUUUCUGUGAUAACAUGAUAUGAAAUUUAUUAUUAGACAGUGUGAUUGCAUAGAAACGUUAUUUAUUUUGCCGAGGCGCUGUGUUGUGGAUGAAACUACUGUUUUUCAAAUGGUUACUGCUUAUUUCAUCAUUUUCAAAUUGUAUUUCUAAAUAACAAAUGUAUAAGUCAGGCAUGUCUUGUGACUUACAACCUUAAACGGUUUCAUUCAAAGAUUUCAUUUUAGAAUUUUACGACCUAAUCAUAAAUGUACUAUAAGCCUUACACAUUCAUUGUGUGAAAGUCACGAAACAACUUACUUUAAAAUACGUGGUAAAUAUCAUCAUUCAAAGUACACUUAUAGCACAUUUAUGAAUAAUGUCGUCAUUGUCCAAAUACACAGAGCUCGUUCAAAUGAGAGAAAUAUUUCAAUAGCAAAUAUAACGAGACAUCUGUCUUCAAAUAGAUAGCAGUUUUUGAUUGUGCCUUUGUGCAUUCUGACAUGUAUGUUAUGUUUUUUAAUUAUAGUUUAUAGACAAUGUUUAUAAAAUUUUAGCGAUACAAACCAAUUGCUUUAAAAUUAAAACGUAAUUAUUGUUUUCAUAUAUCGUUGUUAAUAAUAUUAACAGAUUUGUAGCACCCUUCAAUGCUAAAGUAAUCCAGUAAACAUUGUUCCAAUUAUAUUCACCUAUAAAAGAUCUCAUUUGUAGCUUUACUUUGUUAUUGACUCAAUAUAAAUUAUUGAUUUUCGUUACGUUUUACGUUGGGGCGAUAGGAUACAGCCGAUGGACUUUCAAUGACUGAGAGGUUAGAGUAAUGUUACUCGCGUGUGCGUCCCGCUUGUGUUCGUGGUACCCUUGUUUCUACGUCGCAGACCUAUGUGUUUAAGACAUGUAAAUAUUGUAAUAUAUAACGCGGCCGAUGUAGAGGGUCGCAUGUGAAAAUGUCUAGUGAUAUGUACUAGAUAAUUAAUGUUAGCUAGGUAAACUCAUCCCCGACUGUCCUUGAAUUUAAGUUGGGUGUUUCACUGCCUUAAAAUAAUGAACGUAUUAGUUACCUUAACUACUACAGAUAAGACAUUCAAUAUACUUUAAAAAAUUUAAUGUAUGAGCGCUGAGUGCGAAUUUGUUUUCGACUAAUUAGCAAAUAUAGGUUUUACUCGAUGUCAUUUUAAGUUAUAUUAACAUCACAAUGUAACGUUUGCUUAAUUUUGACGAUAACGCUAGUUGAGCUAGAUAAUAAAAAAUGUAAGAUAUGUAUAAUAUUAUGGCAAAUAAAUAAUCGUGUUCAAGCUAUGCUACGCGUAUCUUAAAGCUACCGAAUGUUUUUACUGAUACGAAUGGUUAGUACCUUGCAUUUUGUUGUAUCGAGUGCGCUUAGGUAAAUCGUAAUAUUUGAUUUAAGCGAAAUGGAGCUUCGGGCCAUAUCGCCUGCCUUAUAUUUGUAUAAUUGCGUGGAUUUAAUUGUAUUCAUCAUACUUCGAUAAAUCAAUUAUUUUACUCUAGAUUAAUUAAUUCAAAAACUAAUUCAAUUCCAAUAAAUUUUUCAAAGUCAUAAAGAUUUUAGUAACAUACAAACAAGUUUUUGCAUUCUUAAUUUAUGUAAACUUAGUAAGUCUAUACAUUGGAUUGUGAUAAUUGGAACUACUACGCGUCAUUACUUAAAUGUAAACAGCGUCAAGUUUUUUUCAGUUUCAUCUGUAUAUUUAUCUCGACAAUUACCUCCCUCAAAAUUAAUAUAAAUGGUUGGCCGAAGUAUAAUGAAUAUAUAAUUUAGCAUAGAAAGUUCAUCGGCGACAAGAGAGCACCAUAGUAUGUUUUGGUACGUUUCAAUAACAUUGCAGGAUAGUGCAUCCUAAUUAUUGUAUUAAUAAAGAACCAAAUUUAAAUUAGUAUUUAAGUAAUUUAUUAUCCUAAACUAAAAAAAAACUAUACGCAUGUUUUCACUAUACUGGUAAAAAUGGUUAUGUACAAUACAAAGGAGCUAAUGUUUUAUAUAUGAAUUUGCUCGCCUGUAAAAUUUUGCAGAAUGAAUCAUAUUAUAAGAAUUGUACAAUAUGAAUAAAUGCAAGAAGACAUUUCCUCGAUAA